CAUGGUCCUUUGUGGGAUUCCAUGGGUGUCCUCGUCCGCAUCAUGGAGCCCGUGUACGACAUGCUUCAUAGGUUGGACCGAGGAGGGCUGCACAUGUCGAGGGUUGUGCAGUGGACGCAGGACGUGACUCGCGAUGUGGCACGCGAGGUCCGCGCACUUCCAUCGGGCGUUGCACACUUCAUUAUGCAGAAGGCGCAGACCYGGUGCGCUCACAUGUUGGARCCCGCGCACACCGYUGCUCACCUUCUCUGUCCGACUCGCAGAGACRUGAGGUACUAUAAGGGCGUCGUCAGCGAGUACGAUGCGAGACUCGUACGAGAGGCGGAGAUGUCACGGUACAUUCGCACACAGACUGGGUUUAGUAUCGCGAGCCCGGAGUACGAGGCUGCAUGUGCCCAGCUCCGCGACUUCCACACACGGAGAGGGRCGAUUGCGUGGGGUGGGAGGGAUGGAGAGAGGGAGGCGCAGGCAUGUACCGGCGACAUGGAGACGUAUGAGGCCGGUUGUUGGUGGUCGAAGUGGGGACAGUGCGUCCCGCAGCUGCAGGCCAUCGCUCUUUGUGUGAUGUACAUGUGGACAUGUUCCUCUCCCACAGAGAGGAACUGGGCCAUCCACGAGGCUGUGCACACGAAGAAGCGCAACAAGCUCGAGUUCGAGAAGGUUGCGAAGUUGGUCGAGAUCUCGGCCAACGUCCGCCUACUCUCUCAUCAGCGAGCUGGCCGCGGGUUUGCAUUGCCAUGGACGGUUGACGAGUCCAUGUUGGAUAUCGAGGGAGGCAUUGRGACUCAACCGUCAGACGACGACAGUAGUGACAAGGGCCCUGAGGGAUUGGAGGAGUGGGCGGGACCUGCAAACCAUCCCGCCGGAGGACCUGGAGAGGCUGAUGAGUGGAGCGACCCGGCGGAGGUCCGCAGACGUAGUCGUGGGGGCGACCUUUUUGGUGGAGGUGACGGGAGCCCUUUUGAGCGAGAGCGGCCUUCGUCUUCGGAGCCACAGUCUGUCGAUACGCAGGCGGCGCACGACUCUGCGCGUUCCAGGGGGGCAGAGUCAACAUGCGGUGACGGUGUUGCAGGGCAGCAUCCCGGACGUUUGCCCUGUGGGAUGGCUCUACCUGGGGUUGUUCCCCCUCCCUCAGGUGAGUUUCAUCGAGGUUCACCCCCAAGAGGGCGAUUGCAUAGAUUGGUGAAGGGGCCUUCACAGCGAUUAGAGGAGAGAUUGGUGGGCGGUCCUUCACCGACUGAUAGCGUCGAGAGAGUUGUGGAGAGGCCGAUUGGUCGACGUACUCCUCCGUUCAGAGGAGAUGGACGCGGUCCAAUUCAGGAGGCGGUUGAGACGGAGGGUGUUGGGGGGCGUGGUGAUGACAGGUUGUCGUUGGGCGGUGACGGUCAUUUUAGUCAGUUUGGUGAUUUGGGACCGCCGCCCGCAGAGAGCGAUUCUCAGGGAGACGUGUCUGCCGGCAUGCAGUCCAUAUUACACCAGAUCGGCGCUUUGCAGCCGGAGAUUUUUACCCCUGCCAUGCACCGGGAGUUAGGAGCGUCGCCAGCGGAGAUAGAGAGAGACGAGGAUGCGACACCCCCUGGAGAGACAUCGGCAGAGAGGUUGGACAGGCUCGAUAGUCGUCGAGCUUGCCUCCUAGCACGAGCUGACCCCACGACACAGGAGUUUGCCCGUCUAACGACGGAGGAGCGACAGAGACAGUUGGGGACGUUUAGGGAGGUGCCCCCUGACGCACAGGCGGCUGGCGAUGUCGACCCGAUGACAGAGCUUCGCUACGAGACGCAGCCGGAGGCAGCUGUGCUCCAGCCAGGUUCGGCAGGGACGCAGGGGGAGGCAGCUGCAAGCCCGGGUACAUCAGCAGAGUUGCAUGGGGAGGCAGCCGGUGGCGGUGACAGCAGAGUCGAGAUGGGCGGAGGGACAGUAGUUGGGGUGCCGGGGGAGGCAGAGGGGUUGCAUUUGACUGCGCUCACCACACCAGACGACCUGCGUCCAGUCUCCGACCAGCCUCUUCACGGCAGGCAGAGGACCGAGGAUGCUUUGCCUGAGACCGAGGAGAUACCUCCGGGGUUGGAGGAUAUACAGACGGGUCAGUCAAUGGGCGUUAGUGAUGACGCACCAUUGGCACGACAGGACGACGGCGGGGCAGGAGCGAGACAGGAGGCGAUCGGUACGACUGACAGAGGGAGGCAUGAGGCGUCCAGGAGCUUGGUGGUUCGCGCGGCCGUGGGCCCGGUUGUGCGACAUGAGGCACCAUUUCCUACAGAUCCGGUGCGUCCUGCGGGUGGAGUCGCCUCGAUCGCAGAGCGACGUGUAGGCAGGGGCAUGUGCGCGCCUCCGAUCCCCCCUUUCGCACCGUCUAGGGAGAGGACACAGUCGAGGUAUGCRUCRCAUCCUCGCGGCACCUUUCCAUUCAGCUCUAUGACCGCCGAGGAGUUGGAGGCGCAUGGCACCAUGGAUUACACCGGGACAGACACCGGUCGACCUGACUUGUCUUGGGCACCAACCAGCCCAAGCCUGCCAUCUGSAGGUUCUAUUGCAGUGCCCUCUCACGGGGGUGCAGGGCCGUUGUCACCGGGGUCCGCAAAUGUCCAGUCGCGUGGCAGUCACACCCCGAGUUCGGCUGCUCACAGACAGAGAGACACGAGCAACCAUGGACGGGCCACGAUGUUGUUCGGUCGCACUGAUAGGCCAUGGAGCGAGAAGAGACGAGUGACAUCUACGAGCGAGGGUCGCCAACAAGGUUUGAGAGGGGUAUCCACCAGCGGGGGUCGUCGAGAUGUUGUGGCGUCGGGGUUUGGCGAUAGAGGUGAGGAUAGUGGUGACAUUCGUGGCGGACGUGAGGGCGCGCAAGAUGGAAAUGCAGAGGCGGUUCCGCGGCCACUAACGUACGGGUUGAGAGAGUCCUCCAUCAUUUUAGAGGAGCCCGAGGUGGGUCGACGAGCGAGACAGGCCCGACAUGUGCCGAUCGAUCGACGCUAGGAGGGGGAGACUUCAGGAGCAGACGGUCUGCCUAUGCGCCGCGAGUCUUGCCGACAUAUUGAUUUAGCAACCACARGCGUCA